AUGAAGUAUGUCUUUGCCGCGAUUGUACUCAUGCUUGGAACGGUCCCAGUUGGUACAAACAUCUUUAACUCAGUACGCACCACAAUCACUUUCAAGGAAUCGGAGAUUCCGCAGCUCGCUGGAUGUUACGAGUUCAACAACAUACCGUCGAAGCUGAACACAGAGCGUAUGUCUGCUGGCUCUUAUGUGAACGCCUUUGCGCAGUUCAUGCCCCCGUUGUUGGUGCAGCGCUUCAUCCUCAACCUCCGCCAGCUCAGCCCCACCGCUGAGGCCAGUGAGAACAACUCUGACGCGCAACACUUUUCUCGCUCCUCUAUCAGCUUCAGGGUGCCCUCCGAUUUCCUCGGGAAUAUGGGAGAGUCUCUAGACCACGGUCAGUCGGAGCGAGUUGUAGAAGAUAGCGACGACGAUCACCGCGUAGCGGAAGAGUCGCGAGAAGGACUCGAAGAGGGUGUCGCGCAGCAUGCGGACCCGUCGAAGACACACCGGGAGAACCUACCGAGAACAGGUGUCGCUCCCGGGCCGGUUUUGCGAUCCACCGGACGUGCAAGUUUGGAGGACGACGGGUCGUCUGCUUUCGUGCUCAGAAUGAUGACUGGGCAUGAUACGGCUGCCGGUUAAGUGAGUAUUCUGCUCUGUGUUCCAUCAGAGGGACUUGACGUAGCCGUUCAAGCAGGUUCAGAUACGCAGCAGAGUCGUCAGCAUACGGCUGUUGGCACUGGCUACCGACUGCUGUGCUGCCCAACGCGGGUGUCGAAGCGAUCAGCCACCUGAGUCUUAUUCUGCGGCGCUACAGUCCUCGUAUUUAACGAUUGUUCCAGUCUCGCCUCUGCCGUCUGCAUCCCUCUCAGGAUUUACCAAUCGUCUAUCGUUGUAAGAACCGGGCGAGUUCCUAGGGGUGCAAUGACGCAGAUCCCUAUCCAUAUGUACAGUUUGUGGAAUCAAUGCGUUAGAUAUAUAACAUUGACUCGUUUUUGUCCGUCGUAGGUCUUGUGUUCCAUCAUUACUGUCAAGGUAUAUCGACAUGCAUAAAAGCGGCACGUCAGAUUGAGUUCUCAUUACCAACUUCCAACGCUGUAUAAAAGUAGUGAUGAGGCGUGAAGAUACCAGAAUAGCGCACGGACAAAGUAUCGCCACAAGCGGCUGUGAGCACCCCAGCAUUGAUAUACAUAGUGCAUUGAACGCAGACACGCGUAGAGGAAUCAUCACUCAACCAGGGAUGCGCAACGCGUCAUAUAGAGUUCCUCCUGCCUCGCCUUGAUGUCUGCAGGUUCCAUAUCAAUUGGCAACUCCGCCAAAAACUCGCCAUGAAAGAAUGUAUUGCCACUCAUGCGACGUCAGGAGCUCGGAGAAGUAGCGGCACCGCGCGAAGUCACCUGCGCGAACCCAUCGUUAGCACCUCUUGCGCGCAAAAUCAAGAAAGGGGCGUGCCGACACAUUCAUCAUGAGCCACAUGUUCGACAGGCUCGCGCCAGGGACCUUCAGGUCGCGCUGAGCAUUGAGGCCUCACACAUGCGGGACCGUCACGCUCACGGCCUCGCCAGACAGUUUGCGGAUCGGGUCGCGCGUGUCUUCGAAGCUGCGUGCGAAAAUCACGUUGAGCCGGAUUCUCGCCGGACUGAAGGGUAAAAAUGCUGGCACGCAUCCUGUACGGCGACAAAGACGUCCGCGGGGAACGGGUUGAGGUGGGAUGAAUAGCAGCGUGAACGGACUGGCCUGGAACAAGGGAGAGGAGGCGAGGGUUGAUGAACAUGACGUAUGACGCACUGCACUGAACCAUCGUCGGGUCUACCGGGUCGUCAGCUCUGCGUGUAGGAGACUAGGUCUUGGAGCGCACCCCUUCAGCGUGGUCGUUUCCAUAAGCACUAGACAGUUUGAGUGAUGUGGAGCAGUCACGGAAUAACCUGGUCGUGCAGGUGAGCUGGUAUCACUCGGGAGUCUUCGCCGUGCGUCUAUUGAUGGGCUCUGCCUCUGCGCAAUGUCAGUAACGGAGCAUGCAUAAGCUCGAGUAGUACGCGCACCUCGGUCCCUUCGACGACUUAUUCGUGCUUGCGCUGCAGUCUCUCCUCUCCACCCGCUGCCCAGAGCUCAUGCUGCCCGUGCCCAACCGAGAACUCGCCAUACUCAUAUGCCGACCCCAACCAGUUUGCGUCAGGCCACGCUCAAACCGCCUACUCCCUGCCCACAAUGCAUGGUCCCCCAAUGCGCGGAGAUUCGUCUUAUAUCAGUGUAGUGCGACCAUCGCCCGCCGGCAGGCAAUAAACGAGCAUCUUGAUGCACCAAAAACUCGAAACGCACUUGUUCCGCGGAUCUGGGCAUGUGCAACGAAAUCGAGAUGAGCGUAGCCAAAACUCUCACAGGAAGCGAGUAAAACGCACGUCUUGAAAUUUGAAAGCCUUCGCAUCCCACGCCAACACCACUGCCCCGCGGUUAUGAUGGGUGUUGCGGACCCAGACGGCUUCGCACCGUAUAGCGCAAAGCUAGAUCUGACUUCGUGUCUAAAAGACGAUACGGGCUUGCUCGAUUGCUUCGCCAAAAUAGCUGGAUGUACAAGCUGUCGGUGAGUGAGGUGGAAAUAUGACGUCUUUGCCUGGUGAUGUGCCGACCUCGCUCAGAGACGGCUGAGCGUCCUACAGCGCCUUGAUGAUCAUUGUCGAGUGUUGCCGGCAUAGCGGAGGAGAUAGAAAGAUGAGUGAUACGGUCGUCGGUGCUAGUUAGCGACUCGUGCCUGGUCGGAGAGUGUGGGAGGGAGAGAUGAGAAGGCUGCGCGGGACGCACGAGGAGAGAAGGGAGCGUGCGACGGGACCCAGAGUGGAAGCUGACAGUUUAACCGACAGCGGCAUGGGUAACCGUCCAGCUUGGCGACGAUGGAGGCGAUACAUGGGUCGUUGGUGGUGGUGGUCGAGAAGAACAGCCCGCAGACGCCACAAAGCCCGCGCCCGAGCCUGGCUUUCGAUGCAUACGUAAUCUAGAGCUUUGAUUCUUACCACCCUCCCCGGCUUGCGUCAGGACCACGCCUGCGUCGCGCUAGCAUCUGCAACGCAUUUCCACUGCAAGUCGUGGGCAAUGCUGAACGUAGCAGGCUGGGCAAACAUCA